AGGAAUUGGUCUCCAAACUCUCUUAGAUGGUUAUUUGUUUUAUCUCUUAUUUUGCAAAUAACAUAUUAGUGAGUUUUAUAUCUUUAAAGGCCCCUCAUUACAAACUCUUGUACUAAAAACAUUACAUUGAAGAGGGGCUAGAAGAUCUUGAGCCACACCCAAAUCUCAGAGAACUGUCAAUAUCUACUUAUGGUGGUACCAAGUUUUCGAGUUGGCUUCCAUCACUUGAAAAUCUUGUGAAAUUAUCAUUAUCUAGAUGCAACAGAUGUCAUUGCCUACCCCCACUUGAUCACUUGUCUAAUCUUCAAUACAUUGUGGUGGAUCAAAUAUCAUCAAAAACAUCAUUUUCAUCCUUGAAAGAGCUGAGACUUACUAAUUUGCCAGAACUAAAGAGAUGGUGUAAAGAUGACUCAUGUGAUGAUGCUACAUUAUUAUUUACUUGUCUUUCUAAAUUGGUAAUUGAGGAUUGCCCCUCUCUCACUUCCAUGCCUCUGUUUCCAUGGCUGGAAGAACUACUAGUGCUUAAAAACACUAGUUGGGAGCCAUUCAAACGGUCAAUUAUGGCAGCACAAGGAGUGAGAAGAAUUCAUACUACAUCUGAAUUUAAAGCAUCAACAUCUUUUUCAUCUAAUUCUCCUCUCUCCAACGCACCAGUUUCGCCCAAGUAGUAGAUCAUCUCUUUUUAAACUAACUUCUUCCACAUCAAGUACACCAGCUCUUGUUCGAAAGAAUCAAGUUCCACCACAGUUGCUCCUCUCUAUGGACUGAGGACACAACAUAUCAUGGAUAUGUCCAAUGGUGAUCCAGGAAUGUGGAAGUCCCUUGGAUCAACUUACUGACAUAAAUGUUCAUCUUGAAAAACUUAAAGAACUCAACAGUCUGCAGCAAAUCCACAUAUGGCGCUGUGAUAGUUUAGAGGAAAUCCCAACUUGGAUCAGCGACUCUAAUUCUCUUAGGACAAUUUCGAUCAAGCUCUGUCCUAAGUUGACGAUACCGCGUGAGAGAAUUAGCCUCAUCACCUCUUUAAGAAAGAUGGAGAUUGAAGAUUGCCCUCAAGUUUAUCACCUCGAAACCAUGCUUAAAGAUCCAUUAUACAGAGGAAUUGGGUUAAGUGGUUGAUGUUGUUGCUUCUCAAAGGUUGUUUUCUGGAACUCCAAGUUGGUGGCUUAGCUAGUUUGUUUAAAGUUGUUUAUUCUCAUAAUUAAGUCAUAUCUAAUUAUAUAUUAAUAAUUGCUAUGUACUUGUGUCCAAUUAUUAUUAUUAUUGUGUUAAGCCUGCUUGUUGAGUUUGUAAUGUACUUGUGUUAUGACAUUUUAGUAUUUUGUAAUGAAUGUAUCUGAUCUCAGCUGCAAGCUGCAGGGACAAAAAUGGUGACAAUCAGUUGAGUAACAACUAGAUAUACAUUCAUGUCACAUCACAUCAAAUGUAUUAAUAUAAUAUAAUGUGAACCUGGAUGGUAUAGUAUUAUGGCAUGC